CCUCCUCCCCUUCACAGAGCGAGAGAAGGCAGGGAGGAACACAUCCUUACCCUAGCGCGCUAAUUAAUUAAGCUGCAGAUCGAGACCCGGCUCGGAGGAGGAAGAACAAAAUCAAUGGCGGCUCGCCUGGUGCUGGUCGCGCUGCUGGUGGCGGUCGUGGCGGCGGCGGCGUGCCUAGCCGUCCCGGCCUCCGCGGGCGUGCCCGACAUGGGCGGCCUGGACGCCCUGGCAGCGGGGGCGAAGACGAAGCAGUGCUCGGGCGCCGUGGGCGAGUGCGGCGUGGACGAGGCGGAGGAGCUCGGGCUGAGCGGCGGCGGCGCGGGCGAGGCGCUCCGGCGGACGCUGGCGCAGCGGCAGCCCCAGAACCGGUACAUCAGCUACGCGGCGCUGCGGGCGGACCAGGUGCCGUGCAACCAGCGUGGGCGCUCCUACUACAGCAACUGCGGCUCGCAGAAGGCCGCCAACCCCUACCGCCGCGGAUGCUCCGUCAUCACGCGCUGCGCCCGCAACACCAACUGAGAUGCGGCCGUCCAUGGGGAUCCGCCGGCCUGCCUGCCUUGCUCGCGCACAAACAUCGCAGCUCCGGCGGCAGUGGAGGAGGAGGAGGAGGCGGCGCUACGACGACGAUACGAACCCAAUGCAAAUAUUGCUUGCUGUUCUUGAUUGAUUGACUGCCAUGUUUAUUCAUUUAUAAUUUGAUGACAAGAGACUCUUUACUAAAAAGAAAAUUGUAAUUUAAGCUGAGUUGAUUUUG